GUUAGGAGGAGCGGGAGCAGGAGCCGGAGCUUGAGCCCGAGCAGGCGGCCCGCGGUGGCCGGCGGCGCGAAGACGGCGGGGAUGGUGGGGCGGGAGAAGGAGCUCUCCAUCCACUUCGUCCCCGGCGACUGCCACCUGGUGGAGGAGGAAGUGAACAUCCCCAGCAGGCGGGUUCUCAUCACCGGGGCCACGGGGCUUCUUGGCAGAGCCGUGUACAAAGAAUUCCAGCAGAAUAAUUGGCAUGCGGUUGGCUGCGGUUUCCGAAGGGCGAGACCAAAAUUUGAACAGGUGAAUCUGUUGGACUCGGCGGCAGUGCAUCACAUCAUUCAUGAUUUUCAGCCCCAUGUCAUAGUACACUGCGCAGCAGAGAGGAGGCCAGAUGUUGUGGAGAACCAGCCAGAUGCUGCUUCUCAGCUGAACGUGGAUGCUUCUGGGAAUUUAGCAAAGGAAGCAGCUGCAAUUGGAGCCUUUCUGAUCUACAUCAGCUCAGAUUACGUGUUCGAUGGAACGAGCCCCCCUUACAGAGAGGAAGACAUACCCAGUCCCCUAAAUCUGUACGGCAAGACAAAACUCGAAGGUGAAAAGGCCGUCCUGCAGAACAAUGUAGGAGCUGCGGUCCUGCGGAUCCCGGUCCUGUACGGCGAGGUGGAGAAGCUGGAGGAGAGUGCCGUGACCGUCAUGUUCGACAAGGUCCAGUUCAGCAACAAGUCGGCCAACAUGGACCACUGGCAGCAGCGCUUCCCCACGCACGUCAAGGACGUGGCCAGCGUGUGCCGGCAGCUGGCCGAGAAGAGGAUGCUGGACCCGUCCAUUAAGGGGACCUUUCACUGGUCUGGCAACGAACAGAUGACCAAGUACGAAAUGGCCUGCGCGAUUGCGGACGCUUUCAACCUCCCCAGCAGUCAUUUGCGACCUAUAACCGACAGUCCUGUCCUAGGAGCACAACGUCCAAGAAAUGCUCAGCUUGACUGCUCCAAAUUGGAGACUUUGGGCAUUGGCCAGCGGACACCGUUUCGAAUUGGAAUCAAGGAAUCUCUCUGGCCUUUCCUCAUCGACAAGAGAUGGAGACAAACUGUCUUUCAUUAGUCUGUGUCUGUAAUUUUUUUUUUUUAACGGAAAGUAUAUAUAGUAUGUGGCACUUUUUUAAAAAAAAAAAACAAAAGAAAUAGUUUUGUAUUGCGUGCUCUUUAAUUGUGACUCAGAUCUUUCAGGUAAAUAAUGCUCUUGCACUCGUGAAAUUGUCUAAAGAAACUAAGGAUAAUAAUAAUAAUGCCUUGUUUGAAGUGAUGAUUUUUCCUCUUAUCAUUUUGUAUGUCCUGACUUUACUUUCUAUUUGAAUAUAGUAAAUUAUGAGUCGUGACUGUUUGAGAGCCAGGACAGAAUGGAUCUGCUGUAGAGUUUUUUUUUAAGUUUUAUUGUUGAGGUAUUUUUGUU